AUGAUGGUUGAUCAAGCCGCAGAAGCCGUGAUGGCGGCUUUCAAAGAUGGGAUCGUGCGGCAGUCAGUGCGCUUGCGUCUGGACAUGGUAUGUCCGCCAAAUCGAGUGACAGAAGCUGGAAUGGAAGCACUUCUCAACGAUGCGCUUCCCAUGGCCGAGGCUUUCACGAAGGGGCUGCAGGCUCCAGGAGGGGCGGCGUUGAAGGAGGUGCGCGUAUCCAGGUUUGAUGCUGUGGGCACAAGCUCUGGUGACGUUGGCACGCUCCUGUACCGAGUGACUGAUGAUGCCAAGCAGGAUGCUGCCGUCAUCUUCCUGGGCGGCCGCAAGUUUGUUCUGCAGGAUCCCUCCUUUGAGUUCACCAAUGGCAUGAAAGAGCGCCUGGUGGUAAUGCUGAACGCGGAAGAUGCUGCGACCAGCUUCAGGAUAGAAAACAAAGGCACCGAAGUGAGCGUCGGAGGUAACUUCGGCGGAGACGUGAAGAUCCUCAAGAGGUUCUGCAACCAGUUCAAAGAGGAGACAUACUACAUACGUCUCCUGUUGUUGAGCGACUGGCCGGUGCUCAUCUUUCGUGCGUAUCCAAAUCCAUGGGUUGUUUAUCUGGAAAGCCUCGACGGGGACGUUGUGAGGUUGCUGCAGGGGUCGCGCAAGCCGCUAGCAGAAGAGAUUGCCCAGGAAAUCAGUAAGUACGAGAGCGAGAUGGGAAUUACAACUGCCGACAAAAUCGCCAAAGUGCAGCAGCAAUCAGCUGAGUAA